AUGGCUCGAACACUUGCAACCGCAGUCAUAGCCCUCGCGGCCCUCCCCCUCAUAACCGCUCAACAAAUCGGCACCCCCGAGCGGCGUCCCCACCUCGACACCUGGAAGUGCACAACGGCUCACGGCUGCACAAAGCAAAAGACAUCGGUCGUCCUCGACGCAGCCACGCACCAAAUCCAUCAAAUCGGCACCGACACUCCCUGCGCUGUCGGCGAAACCCUCGACCCAGACCUCUGCCCGGACAAGGAAACCUGCGCGUCCAACUGCGUCAUCGACGGGAUCACCGACUAUGCCGCGUUCGGCGUCACAACACAGGGCUCGCGCCUGACACUCCGACAGUACCUCCGCGACGCGAAGACAGGCAACCUAACCUCCGUCUCUCCUCGCGUCUACCUCGUCGACGAAGAAGGCAGCAACCCCAAGAAGAGAAAGGAAAAGAACUACGAAUUCCUGCACCUCCUCAACCAGGAAUUCACCUUUGACGUCGACGUCUCCCUGCUCCCCUGCGGCAUGAACGGCGCCCUGUACCUGUCGGAAAUGGAACCCUCCGGCGGACGCAGCCGCAAGCUUAACCCGGCAGGCGCCGCCUACGGGACAGGCUACUGCGACGCGCAGUGCUACGUGCACCCCUGGAUCAACGGCGAAGCAAACAUCGACUCCAACGGCGCGUGCUGCAACGAGAUGGACAUCUGGGAGGGCAACUCGCGCGCGACGGGGUUCACCCCGCACGCGUGCCACUACCCUGGCGGCGGGUUGUACGAGUGUACCUCGGACGAAGAGUGCAACGGCCCGACGGGCGAGAACGAUAGUAUUUGCGACAAGUGGGGGUGCGGGUUUAACCCGUAUGCGCUGGGGGAUCAGGAGUACUAUGGCCGCGGCCGUGGGUUCGAUGUUGAUUCCAAGCGGCCCUUUACGGUUGUGACGCAGUUUGUCACAAGUGAUAAUACGACGGAGGGGACGCUUGUUGAGAUUCGGCGGCUGUAUAUCCAGGAUGGGAAGGUUAUUGGGAAUGCGGUUGUGCAGGGAGGCCGGGACUCGAUGACGGACGCGCUGUGUGAGAAUACGGCGUCGUGGUUUGAGGGGUUUGAUGGGCUCGAUGGGAUGGGGAGGGCGCUUGGGCGGGGCAUGGUCCUUGCCAUGAGUAUUUGGAAUGAUGCGGGGGGUUAUAUGCAGUGGCUUGAUGGUGGAAAUUCGGGGCCGUGCAAUGCGACGGAGGGGGCCCCGAGUUUCAUCGAGGCGAAUACCCCAGAUACGAGGAUUACCUUUGCUAAUAUCCGCUGGGGAGACAUUGGGUCUACUUACAAGCGGUGGAGGCAUUGA